CAAUCUAUCUUCCACUAAUCCAUUGUGGAUUAGUGGAAGAUAGAUGGAAACAAGGAUAUUGAUGGAAACAGAAGAAUCUGAGAGGAUUUUAUCACAUGUUUUAAUUGAUGUUCUAGUUUGAGUCUUGAACUAAUUUGAAUCAAGAACACCAUUUUCCCGCUCUCUCAUUCUUGUUUUUAACUUUUGUUAUUGAUUGGUCAUUGUCACCUUUUUGAUCCCUUCUCACCCUUCUCUCUUUCUCUCCCUCUCAGUUUACCUGCCAAAUUGAUCAAUGGGGGAAUUGCUGGACUGAUAGGUGUGACAUGUGUAUUUCCUAUUGACCUAGCCAAGACCCGUCUCCAGAACCAGCAAAAUGGUUCCCGUCUCUACACCAGCAUGUCAGAUUGCCUUAUCAAGACCAUCAAAUCAGAGGGGUACUUUGGCAUGUACAGAGGUGCUGCUGUAAACCUGACUCUGGUCACUCCAGAGAAGGCCAUCAAACUAGCUGCCAAUGACUUCUUUAGACAGCACCUGUCCAAGGAUGGUCAGAAGCUCACCCUGCUGAGGGAGAUGCUGGCAGGUUGUGGUGCUGGUACAUGUCAAGUCAUCAUCACCACUCCCAUGGAGAUGCUAAAGAUCCAGUUACAGGAUGCAGGGCGGAUAGAGGCUCAGAGGAAGCUGAUGUCCCAGGCUGCAGUUGGGGCCCCUGGGGGCCCAGUGGAGUUGAGGUCCCAUACAGCAAUGCAGCUCACCCGGGAGCUGCUGAGGAGCCAGGGCAUUGCAGGGCUCUACAAGGGCCUGGGGGCCACACUCCUGAGGGACGUGCCAUUCUCCAUAAUCUACUUCCCCCUGUUUGCCAAUCUGAACAGUCUUGGUGGCCGUGGGGCUGAUGGCCCCGCUCCCUUUUAUGUGUCCUUUGCAUCAGGCUGCAUCGCUGGCAGUACAGCUGCUGUGGCAGUUAAUCCUGUGGAUGUGAUUAAGACCAGAAUUCAGACCAUGACACGGGGAAGUCAGGAGGACACCUACAGCGGAGUGACAGACUGCAUCAGGAAGAUUCUGCGCCAAGAGGGUCCCUCUGCUUUCCUGAAGGGGGCGUACUGCCGUGCUCUGGUCAUUGCUCCCCUCUUUGGCAUCGCACAGGUGGUCUACUUCCUGGGAAUGGGAGAGUUCCUUCUCAGCUUCCUGCCUCAACAGAACAACUAGUCUUGCACUCUCAUACACAGCCCACAUUGGAGCCAGGUAAUCUGAUUCUUUCCUAUCACACACAGCCCACAAUGGAGCCAGGUAAUCUGGUACCUUCCUCUCAUACACAGCCCACACUGGAGCCAGGUAAUCUGGUACCUUCCUCUCAUACACAGCCCACAUUAGCCUAAGCCCUAAGGAGUUAGUCAGAGUCAGACAGAACGGUGUGUGUGUUCUAGACCAAAGUUUGUCCUCUGCACCUGUUGAGGGUGUUCUGAUAGGUCAUCCUUUAUUAUAUCCCCUACCUGAGAUGAAUUACUGUAAAUAUUUAAAUUUAGGUCUGAUUUAUAACUAUAUGAUAAUAAUUCAAUAUCAUUUCAAGUGUACUUUUAGUUGUGCUUUAUCAAGAUUUAGUCAUGGAAUUCUCUUUAUUGUUUUUACUAAGAUGAUGCUAUCAUGAUAUAUAAAUCUGUCAAACAUGACUGUACUGUAAUAUCUUCUGUCUGUAUUGAUGCUAUGUUUUAUUGUGGUUUUGUGGCUGUUUUGCACAGCUUCUGUACCUUUUUCCAAAUGGUGUUUCCCUCUUCAUCCGUAAAGAAGCUUUAGAAUUGCAUUCUUCUUCCAAGAAUGCAUUGAGUAUUUCAUCACAGUGAUACUAAGAGCUGAUCUGAGGUGUAUUCACUAUUCAGGAUUACCAAAGAUAACAUAAGAUGUUGGCAGAUGUUGGAAACAAUGUACUCAAGCUGUGGGCCUUGAAAGAGUCAACAUUGCCUGCAAAAAAUGUUGCUGGUUGGUGACAUUGGUGAUUACACACCAAACACAACUUGCUGCCCAGCCACCAUGUUGGCACCAUUUUGUAACUAGAUGUCAGUUCAGGGACCUGCCUGAAUUUGUCCGAUAGAAAGUCUCACAUUCGUGGGCAAAAUGUUUUCCGUUUGAAGUAAACGGUUUCUGUUAGAAAACGUUUUGCAACAGACAAAAUGUUUUGCAACAGAAUAUGUGUAAUGAAUACACCCCAGGGUUCUGAGCGUGGCCCUUCACUCACAGCACUCAGCCAGAGUCAAGUCAUCAAAUUAAAAAGAUAAAAACACCCUUGACAUUUGUGCAAGCCCAUCGCCAUUAACAUUACUGAAAGGUACAUUUGUAGACCCUGUAUGACCCCUGUAUCAUAGUAACCUAGAUUCUAUAUUGUGCUGGUUCUUCACUGGACCGAUAUUCCCUCUUUUCAGGAGGACACAUGCACGUCGAAGCACUUUUAUGUCGCCACCCCUCUUCCCUCCCCUGUAGAUAUGGUGGGUGUUGGGUUAUUCGUUUGGAGUUGUGAAUAUGGAUGUGCACUGAAGGUGUAAAACAGACUGACAGCUAUUGUAUUAUUCAUUUGAGGUAAAAUAAGAACAGAAAAAAUGUAUUCCUCUCGUAUAUAUUGCUGUCUGAAAAUAAUGAAUGGGAUUGUGCUACCCGUGUUGUCUUAUGAUUCUUUCUCUCUAUUUGUGUGACAGCCUUUGGUGUGUGGUUUGUCCUCCUUCUACCGUAACAAGUCUCAAGGAAAUCUGAAGAGUUCCCCUAGACUGUGGUAACCAAGGAAACAAUGGAGGGAUUGUUUGAUGCAUUUGCUUCACCAAAUUAAUCUAUCUCAGUAUCUCGCUGUCUCUGUCGGUCUGUCUCAUUCCUAAGGAACCAUUGUCAUGUGUCCAUCCAAUAGCCAGAUUCUCUAGUUCACAUGGGCAUGGCUAUCCUUGUGUCCUGUUGCUUUCUUGGCAAUAUCUCCUUUGGAGGAGAUCCAUUUCCCACCUGCAGUGUUUGUCUUUCUCCACUCCCAUGGAUACCACUCAGAUCCCAUUUGAAAACAAGCAAGCAGAGACACUGUGUAUAGAGGACACAUUAUUUACACCUUCCGUUGUUAUGUGGUUAUUACAGUGUUAGCAUCUGUCCAGUAGAUGGAGCAGCUGCAAGCUGGCAUGCAUUUAAUGUAUACUACAUUUCAUAGAAUUUAAUACAAUUACAAGGAGAUGUUAUGUUUGUACUAUGAUUGUUAUUGAUAUUAUUAAUUAUUAAUAAUCAUUCAAAUAUGUUAUUAUUAUGUACUUUGUAUGCUGCACAGGGGAAUAUGGCUAAUACAGGGUGGAGUCAAGGAAUAGGGUAAACCAAUUAGAAAUUGGAAGAAGGGAAGGGAGGGGAAGGGGGAGAGAUGAGAGAUGGGGAGAUCGAGGCACUCAACCAAAUCAGGGCAUUGAUUACAAAAGAAGUGAGUGCCUGGAGGGUGAGAAUCUACUGCCAAGGACUGUCAAACACACACAGACCAGAGGGGAUGUAGAUGCCCCACCAUCAUUUAGAUCAAUUUCAUCAUAUCAAUCUAGAUCCAAUUUAUCGUAGGCCUACUGUCACAGGCAGUGCCAUACAUUUCGCUUUCAUAAGACUUAAAUUGCCUUCCUAGUGAUCAAUUAGCUUAUUUACUAUGACAUUUCAUAUGUUGAGAAAUUACAUUCUCAAGGGGCAUUGCAAUAGCUAUAUUAUUCACUCUGUUCCAGGGGAAUGGGAGAGCAUGGUGUGUAAAUGGCUCGUGAAAUGACCUCUACCUCCUUUGAUGGUGUAUAACAGGCAGGAAUUGUGUCUCAGGGCUAUGAAAGUGGAAGAAAUUUUACCAGCAAGUAUGGCUGAAAUGUAUAGGAAUAUCUACUGUAAGCGAUCUAACUCUGUUACGGUUCUGUAGUCAUUAUUUGCAAUCUACAGUACAGUAAAUGGCACUGGUUCACCAACAAUUAAUUUACUGUAAAAUGUACCUAACAUUUUAGAAAACUGCACUUCAUAGGUCUACAUUAGCUUUUUCCCCCAUGCAGAUUGGUAUUGGGGCAAGCUGGCGGCUACAAAAUUACAUAAUGUCAAUGAAAACCCUUCAGCAUUGCUGAAGUUGCGUUAAUGAAAGAGUUGCCUUGAGUUCAGAGGCAACAGUGUGACAGGUGAAUUCAUAUUCAUGCCAGAGAUGAUGAUGAUGAUGAUGAGAGAG